CCUGUCCCUUGUCUAAGUUUAACUCUUGUAAUUUUUCUAAAUUGUUACUUCCUGUGUAAAAUUCGUAGUUUAACUUGCUUAACCUUGGUUCUUAGGAGAAAACACUCAACAGAGUAUUGUUCCAUGUAUGAUAUUUGUGGAGAGCGCAGCGAUGGGAGAGUUUUAAAUUGUCCUGACAGUUCUCCUUCAAAAAAGCCUGAUGAUCUCUUUUCUGCGAAAAUUCAGAGUUUGUGUCCUACCAUAAGUGGGAAUGUUUGUUGUACAGAACGUGAGUUUGACACAUUGCGGUCACAAGUUCAACAAGCGAUUCCUUUACUUGUGAGUUGCCCCGCUUGCUUGAGGAACUUCUUGAAUCUUUUCUGCGAGCUUUCAUGCUCCCCAAAUCAGAGUCAAUUCAUUAAUGUUACUUCCAUCGGCAAGGUUAGUACAAGUUACCACAAGGUUAAUUGGUGUUGAUACUUACUUUUUGGAAAUUAUCCCUUAGAAAUGUUCUAGAGUUAAUAAAAUUGUUUCAUGAAAGUUCUGUUUUAUUCCCAAGCCUUCCACCCCCCCCCCUUCCCCUCCCCCUUUUUUAGGGGGAUGGUUAUGCUUAUGAAGAAAUUCUAAAUCAC